AUGCGUGCACUUCACACGACGGCGCGGCAUUUGCCCGAAGACAAAGUUCAGUGGUUGCAAUGCGACCACUGCUCGGCCAAAUUCAGGCAAAAAUCCUGCUUGACCGGCCACAUAAUCGCCAAGCAUUUACCCGAAGACGAAAUCCAGUGGUACCAGUGCGAGCACUGCUCCCAGAGAUUCAAGUUCAAAAAUAACCUAAAUACCCACGUUAAACUGAAGCACUUGCCGGAGAACGAGGUCCAGUGGUUUUACUGCGAGUUUUGUCCUUCGAAGUUUAAAAUUAAGCAAGGGUUGCGGCGACAUAUGAAGUCUUGUGGGGCUAAAGCUGGUUUCAAGGGGGUGAAGUGCGAGUUUUGCACGUCUAGGUUUAAAAACAAGAGGUGUUUGGAUUAUCACGUUAUGGUGAAGCAUACGCCGGAAGAUCAGAUCAACUGGCAUCAGUGUGAGCAAUGCGUUGCCAAGUUUAAGCAGAAGUCGCACUUGAAGAGUCACGUUUUUGCCAAGCAUCUGCCAGAGGAGGAAGUUCGGUGGUUUAAGUGUGAGCAUUGUCCGAAGAAGUUUAAAUGGAAAAGUAUUUUGACGGGGCAUCUCAAGGUACACGAGAAACAGGCUUCAGAGAAUUGUUUUCAGAAAGAAGACGUGCAGUGA